AUGACGAGAAAGGCGCUUUCUCGUGUCGCUUCCAUCUCUUUAGCAACCACCACUGUGCUCCUCUGGUUAGUCUACGAUACCCACGCUGCCAAUCCGGAUAGUAACAACAGCAGCAACAGGCUUAACCAUAGCAAAUCAUCCAGAGCUGCCUUUGUUCCAGUCAAUCCCAAAGAAGGUCCCAAAGUAAACACAGAUAGCAGCAAGCUAUUCUAUGCUGAUAGUCCAGACGAACCCGAACGAACCAACAAAGACGACAACGACAACAACAACAAUAUGAGAGCUUGGAAUUGCCAUGGUCGCAAUCAACGCGAUUUGGUCGAUCGCAUGAUGCAAGCCAAAAUUGUACGAACUGAUUCGGUACAAGAGGUGCUUAAUCGAGUCGAUCGACAGCACUACGCACCCAACAAUGCCCAACAACAGUCGUCACCCUACAUGGACAGUCCUCAACCCAUUGGACUGGGUCAGACCAUUUCCGCUCCUCACAUGCACGCCCAUGUCCUGGAAGAAAUAUACCCCUACCUCAAAGCCAGCAAGACCGAUUCCGUCAAGAUUCUAGACGUGGGGUGUGGCAGUGGAUACCUCACGGCGGCCCUCGGCAGAUGGGUAGCACCACAAGAGCAACAGGGCAGCAUUCUAGACAGUACCAAGACGGGACAUGUCUACGGCAUUGACAUUUACCCACAUUUGGUGGACAUGACCACGCGGAACAUGCAAAAGGCGGACCAAGACCUCCUGGAUCAAGACAUUGUGUCGGUGCAAGUCUCGGAUGGAUGGAAAGGAUUGCCCGAAGCCAGUCCCUUUGAUGCCAUUCAUGUCGGUGCCGCGGCAGCCGAAUUCCCACGAGCAUUGCUCCAGCAGUUAAAGGUGGGAGGAGUCUUGAUCAUCCCCGUUGGACCCGAAGGUGGAGUCCAAAACCUGUAUCGGGUGGAACGACUCGGUGAUGGUUUCACGCAAGAUGAUUUUCGAAUCACGGAAUUGUUGGGUGUUCGUUAUGUUCCCUUGGUGCAGCAGCCACCACCGAGAGCAGAUUGA